AUGCUAGUAACAUUAUAUCAAAGUGUUAAAGCUGGUACGGUGAGAAUGGUUGUAGGGGGUAUAAACACACAGUUAUUUUUCAGUCUGGCAAUCAACUCGCAGCAAGGGUUAGCCAUCAAAAACAAACUUCCAAUUAGCACCCAAUACGGAUUUAGUAGUGAUAACGUAAAGGAGAAUAUGGAGGGUUUGAUUGAAGGAGAGUGGUGGGAAGGUGUCUUUGAUAAGGCCUUUCCAAAUUUAACCUUCAUAGCAAUGACUCUGGGAAGCCUAGUGAACCAAUUGCUAUAUAUUUACAACGACUCUUCUGAUAUAUGGUAUUUAAGCCAAUAUAAUAUUAAGUUUCCAAUUCAAUUUUCACUGUCAAGAGCUAAAAUCUUUAGAUUAACAGUUUUUAAUCAAUAG